UAUCAAAAACUAUGAAACAAAUUCGAAUUUUAUGGAGUAUAGUGUGUUUAAUUUUAUUAUUUCUCAGUACUGUAAUAAUUUUUAUUAACGUAGAUAAAUCGCGUUCAAUCUUGAGCAUCCGCUCCAGCAAUCAUGACCUUAGCAAAAGUAAAUUGCCCAAUAUUUACUUGAUAAUUGUGAUACUCUCAGCUGCCGGAAAUUUGGAAAAAAGAGAAGCAAUACGUAAAACUUGGCUCAGUUCAGAUAUUUCCAACGUUAAACAUGUGUUCGUCAUUGGAGAACAAGACCUCAAGUAUGACAUUCAUACCAUAGAAGCAGAAAUAAUCACUUAUCACGAUAUCCUAUUCUUGAAAAAUGUAAGCGAUUCGUACGAUGCUCUGACCGUAAAACUUCUCCAGUCAUUCGUCGGCGUUGAGAAACUAUGGGAUUUCAAGUUUCUACUAAAAACUGACGACGAUUCUUACGUACGGUUACCAAGUAUGAUUAGCGAAUUGAAAUCAAAAUACGAUCAUUUGACGACUCUGUAUUGGGGAUUUUUUGACGGAUCUGCUCACGUGAAGAAAGCUGGAAAAUGGAAAGAAUCAAAUUGGUUUUUGUGUGAUCGUUAUUUACCUUAUGCGCUGGGAGGUGGUUACGUUCUAUCACAACGUCUAGUUCAAUUUAUUGCUCACAAUAGCGAAUAUCUCAAUAUUUAUAAAACAGAAGAUGUCUCUGUCGGGUCUUGGCUAUCACCUCUGAAUAUUACUCGAGUUCACGACUCGCGAUUCGAUACGGAAUAUAAAUCCAGAGGAUGUUUCAAUUCGUAUCUCGUAACGCAUAAACAUGAGCCAGAUGACAUGAGAAAAAUACACAGUAACCUUAUGAGCUCUGGAAAUCUAUGCGAAAAAGAAUUUCAGACUAGAUUAUCGUACACUUACAAUUGGACGGUACUGCCAUCUAAAUGUUGUAUAAGGAAUAAAUAAAUAAGAAGACUGAUGUAGUAAUGUAAACUUAUUAAUAUACAUUUCGUUUAUAUGUU